AUGCAAAGAAAUACUAAUGGGAUGCACCCAGCAUGUGCAGCAUGCAAGCAUCAAAGGAAGAAAUGCAGUGAAAAUUGUAUAUUGGCACCUUAUUUUCCAUCAAACAGAAACCGUGAGUUUCAUGCUGUACACAGGGUUUUUGGUGUUAGCAACAUAACCAAGUUGGUAAAGAAUGCUAAAGAGGAAGAUAGAAGGAGAGUUGUGGAUUCAUUGAUUUGGGAAGCAUGUUGUAGGCAAAGGGAUCCUAUACAUGGUCCUUAUGGAGAAUACACUAAAGUUUACAAUGAGUAUAAAAAGGUGUUAGAUGAACUUAAGAGAUUCAGAGGCCAAAACCAUUUGCUGCAAUUGCCCCCUCUAGGAUUAAAGUCUGUACAAGAUUUGAUUGCUUGCAAUGGUACCAAAGGGGAACACAAAGCAGAAGUUGACAAUGCUUUGGAUUAUCUUCAUGGGAAUAAGAAUGGUAUUAUUGAUUCUAACAUUUAUAGUACUUAUUGUUCCAAUUAUUUACAAGAGUUUCAGAACAUAAGGCCGGAAGUUGUCAUGCCGUUUCAGCAGCACUCUCAACCAUACUUUAUUGCAGGUAUCAAUGAUUUUUGUUGCCAUAGAUUGAUCAGUAUAAUUCUCUUUUUCCUUUAUGAGGUAUGGGUUGUUAUCACUGCUCUAUUAUGUGGUUUCUAA